ACAAGUUUCAGGCUUUCCUAAGACUCAACUUCUGCAAUCAAAAUCAGAAUAGGUCCUCAGGUAGAAUUGAUAUAUUGUACUGCUGUCUCUUUUAAGCAUAGCAAUUGUAUGUAAGAACUUGCUUUCAGUUCACAUCUAUGUUGUUUUGAGGCAUAAAAGCUUCUGCAAAGAAACUCAUUCAUUGUGGGUGAAUCAUAGACUUAUAGAAUUGUAGAGCUGGGGGGAACCCCAACAGUCUCCUUGCAAUGCAGGAAUCUCAGCUAAAGCAUCCAUGGCAGAUGGCCAUCCAGCCUCUGCUUAAAAACCUCCAGGGAAGGAGAGUCCACAACCGCCCAGGGGAGACCGUUCCACUGUCAAACAGUUUCUACUGUUGUUUUUCCAGAUAUUUAGUCAGUGUCUCUUUCCUUGUAACUUGAAUCCAUGGUUUCAGGUCCAACCCUACUGAGCAGGAAAAAAACAGGCUUGCUCCAUCUCCUGUGUGGCAGCACACAUUCCAGCUUGUUAAAAUCCUUCUUAAAUUGUGGCACCUAGAAUUGGACACAUGACUCCAGGUGGUGUUCUCAUAGCUUGGUGGUAGAGUCCCAGAUUCCAUACCUGGUGUCUCAAACUGCUGCUGGUCAGUGUAGACAAAAUUUGAGCUAGAGGAACCCAAUGAUCUCUCAAUGAUCUCCCUAAGAAUAGGGCCGCUCCCUAUGGUCCUGAAUUAUCAAGCAUCAGUGGUUUCAUUCUAGAGCUAACUUCACACUCAACUCCGGCCAUUGCCUUUCUCACUAAGAGCCAGGUGAGGGAAGGGAGACCCACACAUUUUCCCUCUGGCACAAAGCCACUUCCUUUGCUAUACCAAGGACAGCAUUUAAGGCUAUUAAUAUGGAAUAGUUAAUAUGGAAUCCUCCAUUAGAUUUUAACCUUUUCUGGAUCCAGGGCACCAGGAAUUAUUAGGGACUCAGGUAUAAUGGAGACUGACAGCCCCCCCCCCAAAAAAACCCCCACCUCUCCACAGUAUUGUCAACACGGAGCUACCAUGAGACAGACUGUGGCGACCAACUUGGACAUGUAAGGCUGCAAUUUGUCUUGUAAACUCCAUCUCCAUCUUUGUCCUCUAGAGGGCUCCAGUUUCCUCUCUCUGAACUCAUUCAGAUGCAAAAAGUACGUGAGUAAUAAACUUGCAUUUGCGAUGGCAUGAUGUGAGAGAUCUGUACUUUGAUUUCUGUAUGUUUUUAUACUCAAAGGCAUUUUGAGUGUGCAGGGAGGACUGAAUUGGAUCACGACUAUAAAAGAAGCUUUAAAGGGGGCCAAUCUGAAUCAAGCUGCACGCCUGUUCCCCAUAAAAAUUAUCUCCCCACCUGACAGCUAUUGUCUCGCCUCCCCCCAUUCUCCCCUAAAAAACCCCUUCUGGCUCAAACAGAGGGCAUGUUUUUGGGUGAGAAGCCAGCACUGAGACCUGGUGGAAAUUGGGAGCGUAAUCUGGAUCAGGGCUCUUCCUCCUUCAAAAUAAAUGUGGCAAAUGUAACUACACUUUAAAAAAAAGAAAGAAAGAAAGAAAAAGAAAAAGAAAAGAAAAGAAAAGAAAGAAAAAGAAAAGAAAAAAAGUGAAUAACAUAAAAAGUUGUUGGACCCCAACUUUGAGGAGUUUCAAAGAGCACCUUGCAAACCAACAAUUUACUGGACAACUUCACUCAGCCUAGUGACACUGGGUCUUUACCAUUGCAGAGCAGUUAUGUUUAUACAAUCGAAAUGGAGGCCCAGUCAUAAUCAUUAAGUGUCUUUCCUUCCACAGAUAAUUCCACUUGCAAAGUGUGCCCUUUGCAAUGGCAGCUCCACAGGGACAAGUGCUACUGGUCAUCAGAAAAUAUUAAAAGCUGGAAUGAGAGCCAACGUGACUGUUCAACAAGGGAUUCUCAACUGCUGGUCAUCCAAGACAAGGAGGAGCUGGUAAGGGGACAAUUGCAUAUUUCAGGCAAUGCAUUCGCAUGCAUGUUAAUUCUGAAGGAAGCCUGAGUCCAACUGAGCUUAACUCUAGUUAGUAUCUCUGCAAUGAUAACAUGGUUGGUGACUUGAGAAGCAUGUGGAGUGUGGGGCCUUGUUUAGUGCUUCAUCCCAUUCCCACCCACGGCCAGUUCAUCAGUGUCUAGAGAAGGCCUUGGGGAGCUUGACUAGUGAGAACCAAAGUACCCAUUGCAAGCAAAUCUCUGUAACUGUAGCCCAAGUCCUCUUUUUAUUUAGAAAGACUCUUUAGGAAGGUGAGGUUGGUUGUGGAGCAGUGGGAGAGGAGGAGCUGGUGUUCCCCUUGUUUUCCCCCCAUUCCACAUGGCCUUUCAGCGGCUUUUCCCCAUGGAUGCUUUAAAGCGUGUUUGGAGGCUUUUUCAAUGGUGUUCCCCAUAUACACAAUUUCACUUAAAUGCACAGUUCCUUGCAACGUAACCCUUGUGUAAAUAGGGAGGCCUGCAUUAUAAAUGCUUAAUGCUGCUUUGAUUACUGUUCUUGGUGAAUGUUUCGUUAUAAUUAAUAUCAACUUUCACAUUUUACUACUUUAUUUUACUUUAAUGUAAGCUUUAUUCUGAAGUUAUCAACUUGAAAAUAAUUUAACAAUUUUUUUUAAUAAAAAGCACAUUAUCUCAUGCAGGAUUUCAUAGAAAGCAUUACUAAAAAUUCAAAAUACUGGAUUGGACUCUCACUAUUAAAAUCGAAGAAGAAAUGGAUGUGGAUUACAGGCUUCCAGCUUGAUCAGAGUCUGUGAGUUAUUAUUGUUUUUAAUCUAAGCAAAAAAUCAUACAAUUUUGACUUUUGAGAAAUUGGGAAAGGUCUGAGAUGGCAAGUUUCUAUACCAUGAAGUCAUGCAGGUAGUUCUAUUUUUAUUUUUAUUCACUGGCCACUUCGCUCCCCACUCAUGGUCUCAAUUGAAGUUCCCCCCUUUCUCCAGAACACUGGUUCUUGGGGGGAAGGAAAGAUCUUUAGGGGUGUGAAUGGAAUAUUUUCCCUAUUUAUAAGUGCUAUAUGGAACCGCAGUGGCAGGGAGUGGAGGUGUAACCCUUCCCACUUUUUUUAAAAAAAAAUGCAAAGUGAAAGAAUAGUAGAAAAUCCUCAUGCUCCUUGCCAUAACCAGUGACAACACCCUUCUCCAUGGAAUUCUUAAAAAAACUUCACCCUGUUUCUAUUUCCAAGGCUUUCUUUCACUCCUAACACACACAAAUGGUCAAAAAGAACUGGCCAAAAAUAUUAGCCUGACCUAAGAGGAAAAUCAGAGAAGAGAGAAGAAAGGGAAAACUGGCAAGUUAUUGGCAGUUAAUGAUGGGUGCCCCCCCACCAUCCCAUUUAUUUUGGGGUUGCCAACAGACCGGUUUGAGUUUAAUGUAGUUGGGAAUGUGCUGAGGUCCAAAUAUGGAUAAGCAAGCCAACUCCUGCUCUCAAGUUCCUAUAUCUGCCCAAUUGCCCCCAUUUCACUAAUUCUUCCUAGGUGGCAAAUUGGUAGGUCAUUUUCAUUCAGAGGCGUAGCAUGGAGGUGCCACUGCUCCGGGCACAAUUUGGAGAGGGGUGCAGACAGGCGUCCCACAGCAGGCUCCUUCAUCAGAGCCUGGCUCUGCUUCAGAAGGAGCUGCUCCUUGGUUACAGCGCUUGUGCCUGGUGCCAGGGGAGGAGAGCAGGCGAGGGGGAGGCAGCGCUGCUCUGCCACUUGGUCACUUCUGACGUGGUGGUGGAGAGCAGGAGGAGAGUGGGUAGCAGCUCCCCAACCCUCUCCUACUCUGAACUGUGGCGCAGGAGGGCACUCUCUGUGCAUCACCCUUUUGGGAGCGUGCCGCGGGCAUAUGCUCCACCACUGUUUUGAUUUCCAGAUCCCUGGUGGAACAUCAACCACUGCUGCAAUCCUCCUUCCCAGGCCCCAAAGUCUUGGGGCAGGAAAAAGGUGGUGAUGCUCCCACUAUCAAGCUCAGCAUGACUUUCUUCACUCUCUCCACUUUGAUGCAAGUUUGGAGGAUUCAAAUGCAUACAACCUGCUUAUUGUACAUUUUGGGAACACUCAUGCUUUCUAUUAAGAAUAUGAAAAAAUAGUUGUAACAGACUUCAGUCCUGAUAUUCAGAUGUACCCUUUUCUUCCACAGAUUUCCAGAACCAAACUAUGCUGAAGGAAACUCUUGUGCUGCAAUAAGAUAUAAAAUUAUCUAUGAACGCUGCAGUACUGCACUUAGGUGGAUUUGCCAGAAAGGCCCUCUCCUACUCUGA